GCAUGGGCUCGGGCUGACAGGCUGGAGGCAGGAGACCGAGCAGGAGGAUCUACUGACUUCAAAUAGUAAGUAAACUUAUUUUAAAAAUUGAGAGUGAGUUAGUGUGAGAGAGUGAGUGUAAGUGUGAGAGAGAGUGUGAGCGAGUGUGAGAGAGUAAGAAGAUAGAAAUAGAUAGAUAGAAAUGGAUAGAUAGAUAGAUACAGUGGUAUAUUUUGGAUCUGUGCUGCCCUAGGCAUGAUGGAACUUGGGCACCCCCUAAUUUACAUUUGCCCCACCCCUUCCUGUCAGUGCCACACCUCUUCCUGUUACUGACAGACACACACUCUCAGAUACACUGACAUACACACACACACACUGAUUUGACACAAUCUUACAGACACCCACAAUCACUCAGACACACAGGCUCCCUCACAGACACACACACUCACAGACAGACACUGACAGACAUACUCACUCACAGACACACACACUGCCAGCCAGACACAGACACACAUGCUGUCAGCCAGCCACACCCCCCCCCUCCCAAUAUUCACAGAUUAAUUUUUUAUUUUAAUCCACCCAGCCUCCCUACAUUUAGGCAGGAAGGGAAGCAGGCAGUUGGGCGGAUAGCUGAAUUCCAAGGCGGGCGGCGAGGGAGCGUUGAUUUGUGAGCUCUCUCUGCUCAGCUCCUUCGCAUGCCACAGAGUGAUGCCUGGAGCUGGAAUAUGACGCCUUGGAACUCAUCUAGCCAUCUGCCACCGGGCUAACAAGGUAUUUGGGGGCGGCGUUUUUUAUCACCCCCCGGAAAGUGCCUCGCGGCAAAUAAGUCACUGGAAAGAUAGAAAUAGAUAUAUAGAUAGAUAGACAGAAAUAGAUAGAAAGAAAAGGGUGUGUGUGUAUGUUUAGCAAUAUAUAUUUUCAAUGUGUGUGUUUGUAUAAAAUUUAUAUUAGGAGGGGGCGGGCAUGGACAGCAAGCUGAGCUGUCAGUCAGUUCAGCUCACGAACGAGCAUACCGCGCACAUGCACAGUAGAGCGCUCAGUGUUCAUUCAUAGGGCGGCAUUCGAUGCUACUCUAUGAAGAACCCGAUUGGUGCAGCGCGAAGCCGCACAUGCACACUAGAUUGCUAUAACGCUUCUCUAAGAGAAGCUUCUGAUUGAGCCCUGCUAUUUUGUCACUUUGAUGAAAAAGGGGACGCGGCCUGCCGAUUAUCUCGGCUCUGGAGGUAAGUUUUAGCUAUAAUAACGGCUCGAAAAUAUUUUUUAUUAAGGGGAAAUUAAUAUAAAAGCAAGAAAGAGGGCUUUAUAUGCAGACUAUAGUGGUCCUUUAAGUAAAACUAUUAAAUUAUUUCCAUUAAACUCCAUCUCCCUCUACCCCCUCUCAAGCUCCACCUCCCUUUAACCCCCAGCUCAAUCUCCCUCUCACCCCAGCUCCCUUUUUCCUUUACACCUCCCUCGCUCCCCCAAGCUCCACCUCACUCUCUAGCUCUCCAGUUCUACCUCCCUCUCACCAUAGCUCCCUCUCUCCUUUCCAACUCCCUCUCAUCGCAGUUCCAUAUCCCUCUCUCCAGAUCCUCCUCCACCCCAACUCCAUAUCCCUCUCACACCAACUCCAUAUCCAGCGUGUUUGGGCAGCUCUCUCCUAAACACAGCAGUUCCCACGCUGAGUAAUGUUGGAGGAGCUACUGCGGGAGGGGUUUAGAUCAUCAUUUCCUGCUCCCUCCCUCAGUAGCUUCCUGUCUAACACCCUGAGGAGCUGGUCUAUGUUGGCAGAGAAGCUGCUGGCUGCUCCUCACACCUUCUAAGAGUAGGAGGCCCUCUGCAACCCUGCCCAGGCACCAUACACCUGUAUGGACUGUACCCCUCUGAUGGCGGCACUGGAGAUCUGGGGAAGUUGGAGGCCUAGGCAACACCUUGAACUAUUUGUCAUAUUCCUCAAACCAUUCCUGAACAAUUUUUGCAGUGUGGCAGGUUGCAUUAUCCUGCUGAAAGAGGCCAAUGCCAUAAAGGAACACCAUUACCAUGAAGGGGUGUAUAUGGUCUGCAACAAUUUACAUAGGUGGUACUUGUUAUAGUAACAUCCACAGGAAUGUCAGGACCCAAGGGUUCCCAGCAGAACAUUGGCCAGAGCAUAGCACUGCCUCCGCAGGCCUGCUUCUUCCCGUCUCCAUUGAAGGAGCUUUUGGUAGUGGUCAAGAGUCAUUAUAGGCACUCUGACUGGUCUGCAGCAAACUACAAUGCACUGCGUUUUCGGACAGCUUUCUAUCAUGGCGAGCAGGGUUUUAGCAAUUUGAGCUACUGUAUCUGUGUGAUCGGACCAGAUAAGCUAGCCUUCAGUACCCACAUGCAUCAAUGGGCCUUGAGCGCCCACAACCAUGACACUGGUUCACAAUUUGUCCUUACUUGCACCACUCUUGGUAGGUACUAACCAUUGCAUACCGGGAAUACCCUAUGAGACUUGCAGUUUUGGAAAUGCUAUGACACAGAAAUAUAGCCAUCAGUAUUUGUCCCUUGUCAGUCACUCAGAUCUUUUUUUUCUCUUGGUGACCCCUUAGAAGUUGCCAUUGUAACGUAUCAAUCAUCCUGGUGACACCAUAUAUGUAAUGUUGGGGGGGAUGCUCUUGUGAUCUCCUGGCAUGCAAAUAAUAUUUGAAAGAGAAAGCCAGGGGAGCGAAUAUAGUCAUUAGGACAAGGGCAUUUUCAAUUUCCAACCAAGGUUUAGAAAAACACAGAGUGGCCCACCUCAUGACUUUCUGGAAGUGUAUAGAUUGGCAGUAUAAAGGAAAAUCAGCCCUCCAUGUGGUUUUGCUUUAAUUAGUAUAGCAUAGCCUGCCCCCCCCUCCUUUAUUUUUUUUUUUUUGCCAAAGGUAGGUGAGGAAUAAAGACUUCACCAGCUUGCUGAAGGACUGGUGUGUGUACUGGGACAGUUUGUAGGAGAUAUAUAGAUUUGAAAGGGUUUAGUUUUUUAGGAACCCUAUUCUAGAAAGAUUGGAAAGAUGGCAAUAGACCCAGAACACUGUCAUCAGCUGGGUCAGGGAGAUGGAUGGUUGGUAAAGUGUAAACAGCAUGAUUGUAGCCAUAUAUGCUGCAGACUCUGAACUUCAAUACUCUCACUAUGCGAAUUAGAUCUGACCACAUUCAGAAAGGGCUCUAGGGUCAAAUAACCUAAAUAGGAAAGAGGGGGCAGCCCUGCCUGGUUCCAUUUUUUUGAUGAAAAGAUUAGACAUAAAAUAAGUUUUCCAUAACCCUUGCAGAAGGAAUGUAAUAAAGUGCUGACAUCUACAAGAGCAUAUUUGGACCCAAACACCUAGUACAUAAAGUAGUAGAGAGAUAUGACCAACCAAACCUGUCAAAUGCCUCCUCUGCAUUAGUAGAUUGGAAAAUAAAAUGACAUCUAUCUUUUCUUGGCAGCAUUUAGAAGACUCAAAAAGGUCAAGUGAAGAAGAGGGGCUAAAAUGUCAAAGUAGUGUUUAUAAUACUUUAACGCCAGUGGCAUUAUUAUUGUUUUAAACACAAACACCAUAACUACAGACCACUUUGCUAGCAGUUUGACAACUUACAGGAAAUUGAACUGGUGGCUCACACAUUUGGAGGAAGAAGAAUUAGCUCUUAAUUCAAGCACUGCCAUGCAGGAUUGGCUCAUUGGUCAGCAUCAAGUAAGCUCUCCCCUUAUUCACAGAGCCAAGCCUUGCAGCACUGGGCUUAACUUAAAGCAGGAUCUUCUAGAGCACAGGAAGAAACGCAGGCAGCAGACGGACCCCAGAUAACGGCUUACCCUGGACUUCUGACACUUUAAUCACUACAGUCCUACAGUACCAUCUGCACUUCUUGCACACAUUUAUCAAUGAGGGGGUGCUUGUACAAGAUAUCUACAUAUUCUGUCUAUUAGUAGGUAUAGGGCUUUGCCUACUUCGGAGGUAAAGGAUAUUUGGAGUUUCUUCUUUGCAGUUCCGUUAUUAUAAUUCUAAGGCAGAUAUAGAAGUUACUAUUUCAAAGCAGUUGUCAAUGAAAGCAAGUCUGAGUAAGGAUAUUUGCACAAGAUUGACAUUAACCAACCGACAACUCUAAGUGCGGGCUGACUGAUACCCUAGUGAUGCUGGUUACACCUCUAGCAGGAGAUGUUAAAGGAUCACUAUAGUGUCAGGAAAAAAAAAAAAAAGUUUUAUCCUCACACUAUAUAACCCUUAUGUCACCCCCCACCCUCAGGGACCCCCUCCUUCUGGGCUGAAGUGGUUAAGAUCCCAUAAGCCACUUACCUUAAUCCAGCACCAGGCUCCCUCUGGUGACCUUUCCUCUGAGUGGAGCAGAAUGCAAAUGCGUGGCAAGAGCCGCACGCACAAACUGUCCAGAGGAAAGCAUUUCUUAAGGCUUUCCUAUAGACGUUCUGCACGCUGGAUGUGAUUUUCGCAUCCAGCGAGGUAGAAGCACCUGUCAUGAAGAAAGCCAGUAGAGGUUGGAUUAACCCUGCAAUGUAAACAUAGCAGUUUCUCUGAAACUGCUCUGUUUACAUCUGAAGGGUUAAAACCUGGGGGACCUGGCACCCAAACCACUUAAUUGAGCUGAAGUGGUCUGGGUGACUAUAGUGUCCCUUUAAACUCCAUAUGUGCAGUGUUUCAUAGUAAAAAUGCUGCACAAACAGACAGACUCCAGGCACCAUGACCACGUCAUAUCCCUGAAGUGGUCAUGAUUCUUGGAUUAUCCCUUUAAAAGGACAUUGGCAUCCCUCUACACUUGGCAACCAUCAACUCUGUUUUGGAUAAAACCACAGAUGAGAAAUUGCAUGAGUUCAAUAACUGCGAGAGUUUAAGGUGCAGGAGUCAAACUAUGCAAGGAAGCAGCUUAUCAGCGGCCAAGUUUGCAGUAAAGCUGUGUGCAAUUCGUUGGUGCUGCAUGUUCACCAGGAGCUCUGGAUACUUGUCCAGCACAGAGAAAUUGCUAGACACAGCAAGAGUACAGUCACGGAAAGCAUAGAUUGCUGCCCUUGCGAUGGAAAUCUAGAUGUGUAACAAUAUCUCAAUGAUUUGCAGAAGGAAGUGACAAGCUAAUCUGCACAUGCAGUACAAAAGCUAGUAUCUUAAACUUUAUUGUACAGGGUAAUAAAACUUUUUUUCACAUACAGGCAGGUCUAAAAACAGACAGCCCUGGGCAGUGUGUUAAUAGUAUUUACAGAACCCCAACUCCCCUCCCGCCCCCUCCCCUCAUACAAAUGGCUCUGUACUAUUUUGGCCAUCAUGAAUACUAUUUACAGAAGACAUUUUGUCCUAAAUUGUAACCCUACAUGUAAAAUAACGAGGCAGGUAUCACAAGAGAUCCAGUCAAAUACUAAAAUCCAGAAUAAAAAAAAAAAAAGUUCUAUCUUGAAGAGGUCUUUAUAUCUUGAACCGGUCAGAAAAAUUGGGCGAUUUUGCAAGGGUCAAAGGGACAUCACUUCUUUUCACGUCUACAGGUUUAUAUUUCCGGACAGGCUGAGCUUUAUGGACCUUUAAAAACAAAAAAUAAAAUAUUACUCAGUAAAGUCCUGACUACACAAACCCACAGAGCAGCAUGAGGCACACUGUCAAUACAGGAGCCACACUUUCCCCCAUGCUAAAGACAUCCUUACCACAAAGCCACAUACCUGCGAUCCCACAUACAGACCAAAUUCUCCCAGCAGCCAGAUUCUCUUCUUGAAACAUCAGCAGAAAUGGGCUGAGUGGAGGACUUGGCAUGGUGUAAGUGGUGCCACCAUUGGUAGUAGAGAGCAUGAUGUGUGUGCUCAUGACAUAUAGAAUUAGAAUGCUCGAAUCACUUUGCUGGAGGUGGUGUUGCAUCUACGGCAGCAAGGGACUACAUCUCUGUAUGUGCAGACUCCACAGACCAUUCCCACUUCAAACCACUGAAGUGGUCAUGGUGCUUAGAAAGUAAAACCCCAAGGCUGGACAAAAGGCAUGGAACACAGGGGGUAGGGAAUCAUAGGGUAACUAACAUUAGUCCUGCUUAUCAAGUGUUCGUCCACUUAUAUGUGCCAAUUAAUUAAAAGUACUUUACAUACCCCAGACAGCAGGGAGGGGGUGAGGGAAGUUAAAGGAUAUUAAGUGGCUCUUUUAGAGGUCUCCCCCUUCAAAGAAGUGGUUACAGGAAGAGCACACCUCCAUACAUGUGAAAAUCUGGACAUUGAUUCUUCUGUAUUGUAAAUUUUAAAAGCAAGGAGCAUCUCCAAAAACAGAGAUUCACUCCUUUGCCAGCUGAAACGAAGAACACUACCUUGCAACCUAUUCUAACGUAGCAUGCUGUACAAUUGCUUUUUACAAACUACAUGCACAGAGAAUAGCACAAAAAAAAAAAAAAACUUUAUAUGUAAAAUUUUGAUUUUCAAACUCCUCAGGUUUAGUUUAAAAGUGAUUGCUUAAAAUAAAGUUGCGUCUACAUGGAUAAGCCACAUUAUAAUUACGUGCCUAAUAUCAUGUGGGUUCCCCUGAAUGUGUCCUGUGGUAUCUGGCACCAAGACAUUAGUAACAGAUGUGAAUUGGGCCCUCCAGGGAUCGGAUUGGUUGUUCGGGCACAUCCCACAGAUGCUCAACUGGAUUGAGAACUGGGGAAUUUGGAGACCUAGGUAACUCCUUGAUCUCUCAUGUUCCUCCAACCAUUCCUGAAUAUUUUUUUUGCAGUGUGGCAGGGUGCAUUAUCCUACUGAAAGAGGCCACUGCCAUCAUGGAACACCAUUGCCAUGAAGGGGUGUACCUGGUCUUUGACACGUACCACCUAUCAAGAGACCGUUAAAGUAACAUCCACAUGAAUGCCAGGGCUCAAGGGUUCCGAGCAGAACACUGCCUAGAGCAGGCCUGCCUUCUUCCCAUAGUGGAUCCUGCUGCCAUCUCUUCCAUAUACUACCCCUGGACAGAUGCCAUUGUAACAACGUAAUUAACGUUAUUCCCUGCACCAGUCAUGGGUUUUAAUGUUGUGGCUGAUAAAAUAUAUUAAACAAAAAUUUAAUCCCAGGUCCAGUUAAGCCAAAUGUCAAACACAUGUAUUAAUAUCCAGAAAAAGAUGUUCCAUACAUUUGAAAGCAUCGAUCAAUACAUUCAGCCUGCACAAAGUCAAGCUUAUGUCAGCAAGUAGACUGGUACAACUGUGAUACACGACUCUAGACAAUUUGCCAUUUUAAACACAGGACAAUAAAUCGGCUACGUACCAGCUCAUGUCUCAGUCGAUUGACCUCUUCUUUCUGUCGCUCCUCCUCAUCUCGGCGUCUCUCCUCUUCAAGCAGGGCUUUCUGGGUCUCCAUUUCAGCAAGACGCUUUUCAAACUCCUGACGUUCCUUGGCACGUUUCUCUGUCGCUAGUUCAAAACUGUCAUGAACUAUGGAACCAGAAAGGCUCUCUAAGUUUAGAAACAAAGGAAAGAGUUUGUGCAACAGGGAGCCAGGGUAGGCGUAUAGGCAAAGAGCAGUGUUCUUGGCUGUUCCCGACAGGCCACAAUAGAUUUGAGUUUUAGUAAUAGGGUUACGUAUAACCUUGCUAUUAGCAAGGAGUCUCAGGGCUGGCACUUGUCAAAUGUUUUUCAGGCAAACUGAACAAAAAAAAAAUAAAAAUAAAAAUAACCCUUUUAGGGCUUGAGUCAUUAAGUUAAAACUGUGGCAUAUCAGGCAUCAAGGACCACUGUCCUUUGGUGAAACACCGAGGUUACAUUACAAAGUGUGUGGACAUUCCCAAGUACAGUCACGCAAAAACUCCCUUUAGAAUAAAUAGACAAAAUAAAAUCUUAAGCAGACUAAUUCCACACAAAAAACAACCCCAUAAUAAAGACAGUGCCCCCCCCCCCAGUGAGGAAAACAAAAACCCAAUAAACACAAACUGCAUGGAGUUCUUCUGUUAGAAUCAAGCAGGAACUUCUCUCUUUUUUUUUUUUUUAAAAGAGUACCACAAAGCCCAACUGUGCAAGACCCUUUAAACUGCUCCCACCUGUCAGUGACUUGUUCUCCUUCUUGGGCAUGAAGGGUUCCUGGUGCGUGACUGUAUUGGGACGAGCUUUGAAUGUAGUCAUUUCCUUCUGCUGCUUUAUUUCUUCCUCGACCUAUAAAAUAAACAUACAAAGUAAGAGUUAGGAGAGGGCAGAACCUGGAGGGAGUUAAUAGUAAUAAGAUGAUUAUUCAGCUGACCCAAAUUAUUUUGUGCAAGUAGUCAAAAACUUUCAGAAGCUGGGGGUAGGUUUAAAAAGCCUCCGGUACAUUGCCAAAGUAAAAAUUAGACUAACACAGAUUACUUUCAAAUCUAGAGUUUAUGCCACCAAUUUGGGCAUGGCAACACAUUUCAAUUCCACCAAGAACAAAACAAACGACAACACACAAACUUUGUUAAAAAUUCAUCAUGUGGCAAGAUGGCAGAGCUUCAAGCAGUUUCACCCAUUACCAAUUUUGCCAUUUCCCCAUCACCUACAAUGGUUGACGGGCAUAGGGAUCUUCUCACUCAACGCAGAAUAUACUGGUAGAUGCCUUAGGCAGCUCCAUCAAAAUAUGCAGAGUGCCGGAGCCUGGCAGCCAUCCUGUACAGACGCCAUCUAAACUUGCUCUCUCGAAACCAGGAAUAAUCCAUCUAAUAUCCCCUAACCAAGCUCCAUCGAGCCACGAAAAGCAUAUACAUACAUACAUACAUACGGCAUCAAUUGAUGCCUUUCCCCCCCCAGGCACCCAAGCAACACAGGCGCAAACCCGCGGCCUACUGCGCAACACCAAUCCAGGGCCCCCCCCCCGACAAAUAUCCGAGCCUGACCGUCGUGAGGAGCAGACUAUGAAAAUUACUUAGCCCCCAAAAAAUAACCCCAGACGGGAUCUACCAAGUGACCAGCGCAUACCGCCCAGCACACCCAGGGAUGUUAUCCUGCGCCUGGCGACAAUAUCAGACAAGAUACACAUAAUGACUGCCAUAAAAGGCAAAACACCACUGGCCUUUGAUGGCGAUCAGCUCUUCUUCCAGGAUGUCACAAGAGCCACAUUGCUGAGGCGGAAAACAUUUGAACCUGUGACAACGGGACCGCACACCGCUGGCAUAGCUUACAUGUGGGGGAACAUAGGUGCACUACUCGUCCAUCACAACGGGGCCGCACACCAUCUCACAUCCCCAACCGGAGCGCCCACCUUCAUGAGAGCACUGGGACUACAACCCCCACAACACACCACCUGGGACCCGGAAGACAGCUCCACCCACGGACAGUCAACGAAUGAGCCACCGGCACCUAUUACCUGACCCCGCAUAGGGACUGAAACCAGGGGCAAUACUCACGAUAUAGCGGUGACUGCCAAAAUGAGGACCCGGUCCUCGUGAUAGAAGGGGUAAUCCCCCUGACACACUCCCAUGACUAUUUUCCCAUAUGAAUGGCAUCCCCGGUUUCAUGUUGAACCGUAUGCGAGCCUUGAUGCUCCCACGCUUACAUUUUUUCCUUGCUUAAUUUUUGGCAUGUUUGUUGGUUUAUUCUGUUACACUCUUUUGUACAUACAAUAUUGAGGUACCCACACCUACGUGAGAACUAGACAGCCACACACUAUAGAUAGUUAACAGGCACUUAAGUAGAUUAAAGCAUCUCCGCCCACCCCCAGGGAUAGAUGGGACAAACAAGAUGCCGCACAGGGUACAUCGCACACAGGAGCACCUUACACACUUGCCAAACUCACCUAGCGGAAAUCCACUAAGUUCCACUAGUGAGUACACACAGGCAUCCAGAACCACACACCUGUACUAGCCUGAAUCACAAAUUUACCACCCGCACACAUGGAGUAUCCCAGGGGAGUAGAACACACCAGCCACAACACUACCAACCCCGGGCAUGUCACUAAACCUAUAUGCUAAAUAAAAAUGUGCUUAAAGUCUGAAAUAUGUAUGUUAAAGCGAACACAUGAUCUGCUUGAACCCAAACUACAACAAUGUCUCAAAAUGUUUUCUGUCAACAUGUUAUACCAAGCACAAAUAAAAGAAUUAAAAAAUUUUUUUUUAUAAAUAUAUACAUAUAUAUAUAUAUAUAUAUAUAUAUAUAUAUAUAUAUAUAUAUAUAUAUAUAUAUAUAUAUAUAUAUAUAUAUAUACAUACAUACAUAUAUACAUACAUACACACACAUAUACAUACACAUACACAUACACACACACACAUAUAUAUACAUAUACACACAUACACACACAUACAUAUACACACACACGAUGACAUCACAGUUUGAAGUUGCAGCAGAGGAGUUCUACUUAGCCCAAGUCCCCCCCAUCUCCGAUCUUCAUUUCCUGGUGCUUCAGCCACCAGGAGUCAACGUCAGUGCUGUUCUCUUACACAUGUUCAAGAGUACAACACUGAUGUUUAUAAAGGAUCCUGCAAGACCACGGAAGCCUCCAUAGUAAUCUUAUAAUUAGAGAGACAAUUGUUUAUUCCCACAGCCAUCGCUAGCGUCAGCUGUGGUAAGGGACAAAACCAGACAGGAGGUCUGCCUUUUCUCAAGUUAGACAUUGACCAUAAGAACGUGGUUUGGUUUUAGAUUUUUUUUGAAAUUUCACUUAAAUUCUAACGCUGCCUUUGUGUGCAUUUCAGAAAACAUUAGGAUACCCUCAAGCAGUUUCAGAUAUUUUAAUAUGCAUGUGCAAGUUUUGGGAAUUUGAGGGGGCUACACUUAAGUGAGACACAAGACAACAUUAAACAGAGUUAAAGGAUAGCACUACUAUAAACAGUAGAAGAUCUCUAUAAAUAAGAAUUUCAGAAUGUGAACAGCAAACUAUUAUCCAUUAAUUUGUGGUUAGUCAGUGAUUGAGGCCCUUUGUCCCUCUUGGUAUAUAGACUGUUCUCACCUGCUGUUUCCAGCGCUGUAAUUUGGAGGCCCCUCUCUGAUCAAUCUGCAGCUGGAACGGCUCCUGCUGUGUUGGCAUCUUCACCUUUUUAUCUGGAAGGCUGACGUGGUCAAACUGAGGCAGGGGCUGGGCUUUGAAUUUGGGCACCUGAGAGGAAAGCCACAUGUUAAGUCAUUGUCUAAAGAUGUGUGCACUUUAAAUGCAGGAAUGUCUCGCAGCGCUCACCUCUGCCUUUCGAAGUUCUUCCAGUUUCUGCGCUUUCUGAUGCUGUCGUUCUUUGUCACGGUCACAGAAGGAAAAAGGACAGAUUUCUACUUGCUUUUGCUCAGCCAACUUUGGUUUAAAUGGAACUCCAUAAUGCGGCAUUGGAUUUGCUUUGAUGAUAGUCACUUCUUCCUCCUCCUGUGAAGGACAAAAUUCAUGUUUGAUAAGCAUUGGGAGCAUCAGUAUACUGGGUUCCAGAGUAACUUCACCUUUUACACAAACACAACCUACAAAGCUUAUUCAAUAGUACAGUGCUCCUUAAGGCACAUCCAAAAGUCAAGAGAGGGGGAGAUUAUAUAUACAUACAUACAUACACACUCCCUUAAUCCCCCUGCAAACUGCAGUCCCCCCCCCCCCAUGAAUACAUUGUGUAUAGUGGAUGCAGUAUUUGUGUAAUGCUGGAUAUGUGCUGGGGGUAAGCCAUUUAAAUUAAGUUGGGCUUAACCCUCCUCCCUGCCUCUUACCUGUGGGCUAGGAGGGGAGAGAGAGUGUGUAGGAAGGUGACAGUGUGGGUGGCAGUGUGAAUGGGCAGACUAACAGACAACAUGCCCUCACCGAUACACACUCACUGGCUGUUCGAGUCAGUGAAUAUGUGUGACAAUGACUCAGAGACACAUGCACACAAACACACACCGACAGUCACACACUUUCAAUGACAAACUCGCAUACAAAUUCACUGACAGACAUACACAAAUUACUAAUAUUUUAAUUUGUCCACCCGUCCUCCCUUCCUUUUAGGAGAAAAGGAGCGGAGCAGUACCUGGGGCCCAGAGGAGCUGCUGUGAGGUGGGCGGCUGUGUGCACAUCAGAGGUGGCGAGGAAGCUGUAUUUCUCCUGCUCUGCUCCCUUGCGGGAUGUCUACCGAUGCAGGGAGCCAGAAUAGGACUUAAUAUUCUGGCUCCCGGAUCAGUAGAUGGCUCGCGAGGGAGCAGAGCAGGAGGAUUACAGCUCCCUCUGAUGUGCACACAGCCACCCGCCUUGGGGGUCCAUAAACAGCUUCCUCUAAAAACAGGAGGAAGCACUGGGCACAUCCAUGCUGACAUUUUGGGAUAGAUAGAGCCAAGGACGACCCUGGCCUUUAGGCACCCUGUGCCAAAUUUCACACACAGGCAGUCAUACACACAAUUACAGUCACACAACCACCUCUAUCCAAUAUGGGUUGGAGUAGAGUCAGUGCAGCUCCUGGAAUCUGGAUGUUGGGGAAGCAGGGACUCCUUCCUGCUUCAUGUGCAGCAGUUACCCUGACUGAGAUCUUCUGAGCAACUUUAGCCUUGUCCCCACCGCACGGUAAGCCCCGCCCCAAUGUGUGUUUUUUUAUUUUACUAAUACCAGGUGGAGGAUCCAUUAUUCUCCCCCAGGAAUUAUUAAAAACCAAACACAUUGACCUUCAUACAGUGCCUGCAUCUGAUGUAGGGUGGGCCCCGCCAGCGAUGCCACUUAGUAAGAUGUGCUUUGAGGAGAGGGCUGAAGAAUACGGAUACCUUAAAAAGGUGCAUAGCUAAUGCAAUUGAAGUGGUUAUAGUGCCAAGAAGCUGAGUGAGCCAUUACCUGGGUGCUUUUUCAAAUAGUUUGAGAGGUUUGACAAAAUACAGACUCCCUCAGGAACCAGAUUUCUGAUUGAUUGCUAGAUUGCCAAUCCAAAUGCAAGCUCCAACAAUAGUAAUGCAAAUGUUGUACACGUUUGAACGACUGUGCAAGGACAAGGGUCUCAGAUAAACUGCAUUGAUUGGCUGAGAGUUAACAGAUUAACAUUGCAUUAAUAAUACAGAAAAGGAUCUUUCAUUUUAGAACUCCAGCGAGUGAGGGGCAAGGUAGUCAGAGACCGACUGAUUCUCCCAAAAGCUCAAAAGCUGCUUGACACAAUUAGUGGAUGCACCUUAAACACUGCUAUGGGUUACAGUAAUGAAAGUCUGCAAAAAUUAGAAAUGGAAGAUACUUUGCUCAGUAACUAUGUGCGGCUGAACAAGCUGAUAAUUUCCCUUGCAAUUUAAGGCUCAAAAUUUACGCCUAACCGGGUUGAAAGGGAAGAACUCCAGAUACAAGAUUUUAACAUUGUGCCAAAAGGACCUGAAGCUUGCAAAAUGCUCAUCAUGUGCUUACCUUCUCACUCCAGGACGGCACACGCACUCUGUUUUUAAGGGCAAAGGCAGGAGACUUGGGUACAGUUGCAGGGAUAAUCUUCUUUUCUGGAAGACCCUACAAUGAAUUUAUCUUUAUUAGAGGCUUCCAUUACUGAAAACACAGAAACUGGAAUCUACAUAAAGGGAAAAACACUGCACUCACCACCACAUCAACAAGCAUCCUUGAAGGACAAGGUCUGGAGUGAAACGUGUACGUCUCCACUUCGGUUUCCUCCUUUUUCUCACGUUGUUGGAUCCUCUUCUCAAUUUCCAGAUCAAACCCAAUGGCCUUUGUCGGUUCCUUAACAGUCGGCUUCUUCAGAAGCAUUGGACCUCCCUCUAGCAUCCUUGAAUCCACCUCUUGAGCCUUGAAUUUGUACCUGGGUGCAAAUGGUUGGCAGAAGACAUUGCAUUAGGACAGCCAGGUGCAAAGUUUUGAAUAUAGGUUAAGUACAGACAAACGCCAAACUUACUGCUGGAGUUUUUGUAUCUCCUCUUCCUCUAUUUCUACAGCACUCUUACAGGUCACAGGCCGGAGCCGCUGCUUCGUCUGGAGAAGAGGAGUCUUUGGAUUGGUCAGCUUUAUUUUUGUAGGUUUCACUGGAGAAGGUCCUUCACAAAAGAAGAUCAGUUACAGACUGGGCCUACAGCUCAAGGCCAACAGACCCCCAUUUUACCUGCACUUACCCUCCAUCUCUUUCUGCCGGCUACGCAGGUGAUAACGGGUAGGAGUUCGCUUGUAGAAAGUGUAGACCUGCUCAGCAGUGGAGACAAAUUGCCCAGAAUUAGUGGACUCCUCGUGCUUCCGCUUGUUACCUUGGGACAAGUUAAAUGGCUUGGGCACUGUAGGGCCUCCUUUAGCAACAUGAGCCUUCAAAAAUAAAUAAAUAAAAUUAAUAUGCACUGAAGUUAGAAGACCUUUUGGAAAUAUAGAAUCAAUAAAUCUGGGUUUCAUUAAACAAUACAAUCUUACAGGAGAAGAUGGGUGCUUCCUGAGAACAGCUUCAAAGUUCAUCUCCUUAUACUGAUCCCCUGACGGCUCUUCAGGGUGUCUCUUGAUUCGCUCAUCCGUACAGAAGUGGAAGUCGACAGGUUUGGUUGCCUGAAGCACGGUUUUCUUCACAGGUUGGCCUAUGUUAGAGAGUCCGGAAGACACAGUUACCACCAGAUAAUGUCUAUUCCCAAAACAAAGCCAGUAUUCUCUAUACCCUAUUCCCCACCAUAAAACUACAGGAUUACAGAACCAUUCCUAUACACAGCACCACCUACCUGCUCCAGCUAUGGCAGCCUUCAUGGACUCUUCGUUCUUGCGCAAUCUAUCAAGUAACUCCUGUUGAAGCUGCUGAACUUUUUCAAGCUCCUGCUCCUCAGAGUUCUUUUGUUUUAUCAUGGUGUUCUUUCGCCUAGAAAGACAGUUCAUGGUAACAUAGGCCUUUGUGUAAAUGUUCUAUUUUAAUGGACACAAAGGAAGCUUCCUGUUUAGCGUUGUCAAAACCAUGUCUAGCAACAUUUAACUGGCAUCAAACACGGAGGAAACUGAUAUUUUUAAGAAUCAAGUUUACAUUGAAGCAUUGAUAGUAUAUCAGCUUACAUGUAAACAUUAAAAUUAAGAAAAAAUAAAGUUACAAAAUGAGAUAACAGAGUUAAAGAUAAAGACUUACUUCAGUACUGUUGGCGUGAUUGGCACAGCAAGUCGAACCUUUUGUUCAGCCCUAGCAAUUCCUUUUCCGACAGAUGAGUCGUUUAGUUUGCCUCUACUUGCAGACCUAGAAGAAGAGUUGAAUCUUUAACUACCAGCAGAGACACUAGUUAAGUGAAUGUGGAACAGAUCGCGGUCAGAUUGGAACCCACCCGAUAAACUAAAUGAAAAAAUAAAUUAGAAUUACAAAGUUGUGCAGCUUUUUUGAAGAGUGUCCUUUUUUUAAAAGUUUACCAAAAGUGCAGAUUUUAACAGGAAUUGGCACUUUGACAGCUAGGGGGUUGUAACACAGUUAACUUGUAAGUCAACCAGUCCCGUUACUUCCUGGUUUCUUUAGCUCCGUGAUAAACUCAAGAUGCAGCAAUUGUCCAGAGCACCUAUCUUGCAAAGACUUCUCAUUGAGCUGCAUUGGACAGUCACAGUAAGUCUGGGCGGCGUUAGAAGUGGAGGUCUUGCAAAGGCUGCAGACAAGAUAUGCAGCUUUAUGGAAGCCAUUUAAGAUGUAACCCCAAUGAAAUAAUGCAUGCUUUAUUUUGGGUAUAUAAAGAUUUAAAAAAAAAUAAAAAAUAUUUGAGUGUUCAUUUAACAUAGCAAGUUACAGAUACUUAAAAUAAAUGACACCCAGGCAAGUUUUACAUGCAAAUUUACCUUGCCGCAAAAAGAACAGACCAGGAGAAUAUGCAUUCAUUACUAGCAGAAGAAAUAAAAUGCACUGGAAACAGAACCUCUCGCUACUUACAAUUUUGGUUUUUUCAGAGGUGGCCGCUCAUCUGGUUGUGCAGUUACCACCUUAUGCCUCUCAGCUCUAAUUUUUGCCAUUUGUUUCUGUCUUUGCUGGGCAGACAGGCGUUUAGAGGACCUUUGAAAAGAAAGGGGGUGGGGGGGUGGGAGAUCAAGGCAUGAAAUCAGAACAAAUCUCACUGAAUAUAGGAUAUGUGCUAUUGACAGAAGAAAUAGGAAUGCCAAUCUUGAGUCAACAAUAAAAGGAUUCUCUUAGUGACAAAAGUAAGCUAAAAAAAAAAAAAAAAUUAUAUUUGUCGUUUUUAUCAAUGGGAAGAGAUGCCGAGCUACAGAGCUGAAUAUUUUUCAGUUUAGCCAUUUUGAAUAAAUAUUGGCAAUUCUCUAGUUAACGCCUAGUUGAAUGAAUAACAUCUAUUUCUGAGAAGAGACCGCCUCUGCACAUAAUCUAACAGAUUACCUUUCACUUUUCUUCUGAAAUUAUAGAAAGGAAGCAAAGCAUCAACUUGAUGGUAAACUAUGGACUAGAUUAUGUUACCAAAGGGAAAAAAAAAACUAUCCCUGGUCAAAGAACAAAGACUUACAGGCUUUUCAAGAUCACCCUUAACAAGACACUUUCCAAAUGAUCACAUUGUUACCCUUUUAUAAUUACACAUUUAAUGGUUCCAUUAAGAUAUCAAUUACUAAUAAAAGGGCUUUCUAGACCGUAACAGUGUAAGGGAGGUGGGAAAUAAAUACAAAUCCAGCAUGAAAAGUCUGUGGGUGUUUGUGUCCCCUCUCUCCUGCCACCAAUCUAGUGGCACUCUAAAACUCCAAGCAGCAUUCCUACUACAGCCUGCAAUAGUUAUUGUGCCAAGAGUGACAUUUUUUGUAUGGCUUGACCACACCCUUUUCUUCAGGAGAACCUGGUUAGAGGAGAGUGCCAGCCAUUCAGCGCAGUACUGCAUGGCCCUGCUUAGUUUGGUAAAGCUCACCAGAUUCUCCUGUAGGAGAUAUCUAGAAGCAGGGGCUGCGGCCAUAGGUGCCACACGGGACUCAGGCUAGUAUAGCUGCUUGUGUGUGUGUGUUUUUUUUAAAAAAUUUUUUAAGACACCAAGUCAGCAUUCUGAACUUUUCCGUUACCUUCUAUUAGUGGCUAAAGACCCCGGCGUGCUCUUUUUACCAGAUGUUCUCACAGAGCCUCUGUUGCCAAAUGGGUUCAGAGGUGUGCGUUUGGCCUCUUUAAUGGGCACACUAGAAUUUUCAUCUGCAAUAAAGAAGGGUUCAGUUUUCAUAAGCCAUCGGGGUUCACCCAGACACCAUGAAAGCACAUUAGAUAGCACAAAUGGCUUACCAACUUUCAACGAUGGCCUUUUGGAACUAGGUUUUGCAUUGGCAAUAACAGGGGUCUUUUGUUCGAUAAUAUUUUCUUGAUUUGGGGGUAUAUUUUCAUCUGCUACUUGAUCUGUAAUACAGGGACAAAAAAAAAAAAAAAAAUGAUAUACAGUAUAUAGAAAAAAAUGUAAAUACAUUUUCUAGGUCUGUCUACCAACAUACACCCCCCUAUUAGGAUCUCUGAAGAUUUUUAGAGCCUCUUCUGCCAACCCACAGAACCAUUCCCCUUUCAUGUACACCUUGAAUCAGUAGUAAAAUAAAGUCACUAGAAAAGAGGUGGCACAAAACUCCACCUACACCCUUUGCAGAACAAUGUCAAUAACGCUUGGCCUGCAUCGCCCUCCAGCCAGUAUCUCAGUACAAACAUCUGGGCAUGUUUAUUUAACAAGUUAUUCAUUGAGAAAGUACCAAAAAACAAAACAAAAAAAAAAGCCUUUAAGAGUUAACUCUAGGAGCACAGACCAAAGUGAACAAAAAGGUUAAGAUCAUGUGGGACUGGAAGAGUACUGUGAUGUGGCAGGAAAGAAUUGUGAGCUUGUAUUACAGUCCUACAUCUCCUGGUUAUCUCACUGGGUAACACUGGUCAGUGUGGCCGACCUUUCCCCCACAGUGCCAAAAGUCCCAUAGAUUUAGACUCUGCGGAUAACACUUCACAGUCACAAAGCACCAAGCUUGGCCAGUAAUGUCGCAAGUACCUACGAAUGUUCUGGAGCAUAUUGCUCUGAGCAGAAUGCUUAUCCUUUAGACCAUAGAUAGCCGAGGGUAUACCCUAUCCAGUGGUGUCCUUCUCCAGUACAAAAAGAUUCCCCUUAUGCUUACACAAAGACUUGCUCCCUUACUCAAAAAAAAAAAAAAAAAAAGAAGAAAAAACCACCACACAACUAUAGUGUCCCUCUGCCUCCCCUUAUGCAUUGGUCCAGAUUAUUACAGACAUACUGGCACAGUAUCUGGUUGGUUCAUAUAACCAUAGAAGCUCAGGCUGUUCGGAGAGAAGUCAUAAGGUACUAUGUUGCUGCUGUAGCCCUGGAUGUCUCUGGUGACAGGAAGAAGGGAUGGCUGCAGCAGCAGGUUUGGCUCUGGAUCCAGAGUCAGUGACUGGACUCCCUGUUCCAUUCACAUCACAUGAAACAGCCGGAGCAGCUGGGUAUAAACUGAUAUCCAUCACCGUCUUAACCCUGCUAGCAUAUCUUCCGAUCUGAAACAAAUGUCAGUUUUGUACCUGAAAAUUGGAAGAACAGAACCAGAGAGGGGUUACUCACCAAACCAAGUGUCGGCCUCAUGAUCAUCAUCAUCAUGAAACGAACCAAAGUUAAUGUAGGUUGUUGGAGCGUCGUAGGAGUAGGAAUCCUGUGCGCCAGACAUGCUGAUGUGUGUCACAGUACUAUUCCUUUCUUCUGGACUCUGCAUACAAAGAGCUUUUUGUUACUUUAAGUGAUAGAUUAAAUAUAUAUAUAUAUAUAUAUAUAUAUAUAUAUAUAUCACACAUUAUGUGCAUUUAAUGUACCGAUAUUAUCUUGUCCAGUAAGGAGAAACCAUCUGAGUUGCAAGUGACUUGAGAACUUUGCAUCUUUAACCCAUUAAGGACACAUGACAUGUGUGACAUGUCACGAUUCCCUUUUAUUCCUGAAGUUUGGUCCUUAAGGGGUUAAAGGAUUAGGGAACCUGCUGAAAAGCUCUAUAUAAACUUGGAAUCCGAUCUAUAAAACCGGAAUUUUUCCUGAUACCCUGCUAGAUUUAAAGCAGCUCUCACAGAUAUACCCAUAGAUAGAUUUACCCUUUACACCUCACUACAGGUUCAGAAUUCUAAUAUGCACCCCAACACACACACACAAUACUACAUGCAGCUCCUCCACCCCCACCCCCCCAUAUGGUCUGCUGGAUAGUAAAGUACUAUACAGGAUAGAACAGAACACAAUGCUGCGUGUUUAAAGGAACACUCCAACACCAUAAUAAUAUAAGAUGUUAAUUGUGCCAGAAGGUCACUGGCACUGGCUUUAACCCAAAACGUCUCCUAUCCAGUACAGUUUUCGCUCGGCACACCCCCACCCCUACCCAUUUUCUGACAAAAUACGUAAAUUUUUAAAGUUAUUUAUGAAUGGGGAGCCACUGGUUGGCUUAGAGCGUCAGCUGCCAACUCUAAGCAAAUAAGCAGUGCCCUUGCCCGUGGCAGUCUAAGUCUUUCAUUUUGAAGACUUUCGGAGAACUCAAUGAAAUUGUUAAGGUGCCCGUAGGGUCCAUUUACCAGAAAAGCAGUCAUUCCAAAUACCCUCAGUAUAAAGGGUUACAUGCCUACAUAUCCCAGGCAUCUAAUAACGCUCUCCGCCAACAUCUGCAGUCAGUAGUCUCACACAUAGACCAUGUUCUGUUUUUAGGAUCAGGAUUCAGCGCUAUGAAUAAGUCUAGGGUCCCAGGCCUGACAGUGAUGUGGUACCUCACACCAUGUGUGAAUUCAAACCGUUUAAAAACAGCUUGACUACUUGUAAUGAGGCGGCGGCGGCGUAAGGGCAGCACGCUCUGGUAGUUAUAAGGGUUUGGAGCGCUUCUUUAUGGGAGAAAAUUGAAAAAUUAUCCAAGACAGUUAUGCUUCCAGUAAGGCUUCACAGAUCCAGUGCAAGUGAGAUUCCAUUGUCCCCCCCCACAGCAUCAGAGAGCAUAAUUUCCUCACCCAGUUGUGCCCCCCUAUUAACACCUUCCUUCACGGUCAAAGAGCAUCACCCCACCCACACACCUUUUCCUCACCCAGUUGUGCCCUCUCCCCACAAUUACCACCUCCCCCCAGGACCAGAAGGCUUUUUAAGCUCUUCCAGCGAGUGCCCCCUCACCCACUGAGUGUCUGCUACCCCCACCCAUCGGUCAGUGAGAGUCUGGUAACCCCCCCCCCUUCUGAUCAGUGAGUGUUUGCCAAGCCCCCUCCCACCGGUAAGUGAGUGCCCCAGUUUCCCCGGUCGGUGGGUGGCCCUCACCCAGUUUCCCGGUCGGUGGGUGUCCCUCGCACCCAGUUCCCGGUCGGUGGGGUGUCCCUCACCCAGUUCCCGGUCAGUGAGUGUCCGUCACCCAGUUUCUCCCCGGUCAGUGAGUGCGUCCCUCACCCAGUUUCCCUGGUCAGUGAGUGUCCACCUCACCCAGUUUCAGGUCAGUGAGUGUCCCUCACCCAGUUCCCAGGUCGGUGGGUGUCCCUCUUGAUUUCAGGUCAGUGAGUGUCCCUCACCCAGUUCCCCAGGUCAGUGAGGUGUCCUCACCCAGUUCCCCAGGUCAGUGAGUGUCCCUCACCCGGGUUUCUUUGGGUCAGUGUGUCCCCUCACCCAGUUCCCCAGGUCGGUGAGUGUCCCUCACCCAGUUUCCCGGUCAGUGGGUGUCCCCUCACCCAGUUCCCAGGUCCAGUGGGUGUCCCUCGCUGCCCAGUUUCCCGGUCAGUGAGUGUCCCUCACCCAGUUUCCCAGGUCAGUGGGGUGUCCACCCAGUUUCCCAGGUCCGGUGGGUGUCCCCUCACCCAGUUUCCCAGGUCCGGUGAGUGUCCCCUCACAGUUUCCCCAGGUCAGUGAGUGUCCCUCACCCAGUUUCCCGGUCAGUGAGGUGUCCCUCACCCAGUUCCCCGGUCAGUGAGUGUCCCCUCACCCAGUUUCUCCCAGUCAGUGAGUGUCCGCCCCCCCCGGUCAGUGAGUGUCCGCUCACCCAGUCCCAGCAGACGAUGCUUUCUUCAACCUCCCUCACACGUUAAUGAUUUGAACUGAAAUCCUGAUCCAAACCAACCAAUCACAGGCUUAAACGUCACCGCCCGCUGCCCAUUGGCUUUUGAAGAUGAGGACGCGUCCGGCAGAGCAUUGUGGGAUAGAUAGUUCUCACCGCCGCCCCUUUCAGAGUUACUGACCAAAAAUAAACUACAUUUCCCAGCGAAGCUCUGGUCCUUCCCUUGUAUUAGCAGAGAGCAUCACAUUACAGGAUAUCGCUUUAUUUUUAUAUAGUGAGAAAGUGACACAGACAGGAUAAUUCAUUAAAGUGUGACUUGUGGGCAAUUCAAAGGAAAUUAAAAUAAAUGAGGCCAAAAUGGCUGACUUGGAAAAAUAGUUUGGCUAUUUUGGCUUCCAAUGUGAAAUUCACUAAUAAUUCACUUUGUAUACCUCCCAAUUCACUCUUUAGUUUAGUAAAUAAUGUUUUUUAAGAACAUAGACUGUGCUUCAAUAAAUAAUUAGUCUGCUUGCUUGUUUGAUUGAAUUCGGUUUAAUUUCACGUACCGCUAGACAACGCGUUUCAAGUCUCGCCCAACAGAAUGCAGCAUUCGUAACACAUACUGCGAAAAAACCAGCGGGGCCUUGGCAAACCUAACAUAAAGAAGUUUAUUCACGAAAAUGGGAGCUGGGGGAAAUUGACAAGGGAUUUCUAAUAUUUAGGAAUGGCUGCAGACGCAUGAAAUGGAAUUGCAAACAUGCGGUGUAAAAAAAGUUGGAGAAUUAUAUUGAAAUGGCUAUUUUGACAUAAAAUAAAAUGUAUUUUGAUUGUAAUUCAGUCUUUCCGGUGUUCUAAAUGCUAAAUUUAAAGUACCAUCACUUUGCGCAGCGAUCGAUUGUAUUGUAAAGACGUUUAGCUCAGCCACUGCUAUCAUUCAUUGUAGAAAACACAUCAAUGCGUACGCUGCUUACAGGUAGACUCUAAACCAAAUUUGGUAUCCUUAUGUGGGAUUGCCAUAUUUAAAGCGAAACUGUAAUUGUCUGGGAGCUUUGCAAAAUUUGCAAAGACCUUGGACAUCGCUUCUGAUGGUCCGGAGGUCGGGGGAGGAAGGGGGGGAUUAGAUUUACUUACCUGAACUUGUCCCUUGCAUACGUCACAAUUUUCUUCCAACCAGCAAGGAGUUGACAUCACUGUCUAGAAGUGUCUAGAAGUAUUAGUAUUUCAUAUAGAUUUUACUUUUUUUUACAGGUGGAGGAGGGGGGGAGGGGGGUUGGCAGUGCCGCUUUAUGAAUACCAAAUUAGGGAGAUAUAUUAUUAAACACACACAUUUAUACACACACAUUAUUUUUAUUUAUUUUUUAAAAGGUCCACCUUGCGUUCGUAUCUUUUAUUUGGACAGAGAAGGCGUCUGCCAUGCAGGUAUCAAGGUACCAACUUUGAUUUAAUCAAACUCUCUAAACAGGUAGAAAAUAAUUUCUGCAACAUAAAGUAGUACAUUCAAAGAACUUUAAAAUAAAUAAAAAAGGCGCUUUAUUCUAAACCAUGCGUGCAAUAUUUUACAGUCAAUGUUUCCUUACCAUCUUGUGUAAAGGCCGGUAGCUGAAUUGAACCAUUAAUUACAUGCCAUUGCAUGCCUGAUUAAAAUAAAUAUGUUAUUUUGGUUAUUUAAAUCCUAAAAGUGCACUCUUUGUUGGGUAUAAUACAUGGCAGGAAACAUUGGGAGCAAGAAACAUUGGGAGCAAGAACCUGUCCCUCGCAUUGGGAGACAGGCAGGAAUAUUUGAUUUUCAAUUCCUACAAUUCUAAGUUUGUUCGCCAUUGUCCUGCUUCUGGUCCAACUUCUGCUUCUCCUUGCACCUCCUCACCUGAGGAGGUGCAUUAUGGCUGGAUGGCUAUAAUUAUAUCAUGGGCAUUUUUGGGCUGCAACAUUUUAGGGUGAGGUCCUUAUGAGACCCAUGGGUAGGUUGCUGACCCCUGCUCUGACCACUAUACCUGUGCAGCUUAAUAUAGUGGUUCUGGUGCAAGGAGCCUGCGGUCUCAGCAAGGUAAACACUUACAUUUCUGAGUAAAGGCAGUGCCUCCUAGGGACACCUGUAGUGGCUAUCACUCUGACAGCCACUAGAGGUGCUUCUUGUCUAUCUGUGCAGGAACAAUGUUUAGUGUCUUCAUGCUCUACAGUAAGACUCCAAACGUUACCCAUGGAGAUGCAUUGAUGCAGCGCGGCAUUUGCCAUGCAUGCGCAGUAGCUCCCCAAUGGCUCCCAACAUGGAAGCUUGGAUUGGCUGGGAUCAUAAUCAUCACAGAUACUAAAACUAGUUGUAAGGUACUUUCAUAGCUAAGAAUAGGAGCAGGUUGCACUAUGUACUUUCACCAUUGCACUUAUACACAUUUGUGAUGGUGCUCAGUGCGAUCCUUUGAUAUAUACAAGCAUAUCUCCAGUAAGACUAAGAAAGAACUGAAAAAAUAUGACUGCAUAAAUAUCAACUCCCAUCCCUACAGCCAUGAGCUGUGUACCUUAACUCACCCACAUUACACGCCAGCUGUUUUACCUAACCAGUCAACGCCUAAUAUGUGUUUAUUCAGAUUUGUCUAGUCAUAACACGUGUUUAAAUUAUAUUUACAGAUGCAUACCUGUCAAUUUACUUCCCUUGCAAAUAUGCUGAAAUUACUCAUGCAGUUUAUUCACUGAACUAAAAAUUCCUGACCUGCCACCCCAGUUUUGUUUGUCCCCAAUUGUCCUGCUUCUGGACAGGUUAAUUUUGCCCUUGAGAUUUUCUUUAACAUAGAAACAUAGAAUGUGACGGCAGAUAAGAACCAUUCGGGCCAUCUAGUCUGCCCAAUUUUCUAAAUACUUUCAUUAGUCCCUAGCCUCAGGGGCGUACCUAGAGCAUUUGGCACCCGGGGCGGAUCCUGUGCUUGCACCCCCCACCACCCUCCCAAAAACCUGUAAAAACUGUUAAAGGUUUUAUUUCUUUUAUUUUUACAAUUUGUAAACUUUGCAAAACCGCUGUCAGCCCCUCCUACAAAACUCUUGUCCUGCCCUGCCCCUCCUACAAAACCUCUGUCCUGCCCCUUCUACAAAUCCUGUACUGCCCCAUCUACAAAACCCCCGCAACCCCCUUCCACAAAUCCCCUGCUUAUCCCCCCUUAUAAAGACUCCUGUCCCAAUACAAAACCCCCACCCCCUUCUACAAAAUCCCUGCAGCCCCACACACACAUUUACAGGCAGACAGUCACACACUCAGUUACAGACACAGUCACACACUUAGUUACAGGCAGACAGUCACACACUUAGUUACAGGCAGACAGUCACACACAGUCAUAGGCAGACAGUCACACAUACACAUUUCCUCCGUGCGGCACCCUAACUACCAUGGGACACUGUGCGGCCACAGCUCACACAGCCUCCUCCAGCCAGGGCCGGUACAAGGAUUUUUGCCGCCCUAGGCAAAAGUAAAGUUUGCCGCCCCCCAUGUGACAUCACAAUGCCCCAGCCAUAUGAUUUGCCAUGUUAACUAACGCCAGUGCUGCAGUGCCGCCGUGUUUACAUUAAAAGGCCUGCAGGGACAGGCUAUAGACACCAGAACCACUACAUUAAGCAGAAGUGGUUCUGGGGGCUAUAGUGUUUCUUUAAUGUGAGGUAAAAUAGAGCUUAGUGCCACGAAUAAUAUACUAGAUUGCCUACUUACAACCAGAUGAGGAUGAUGAUGGGCUCUAGCUGCAGUCUGGCUCCACUGGUCUGGUGCAGAACAGGCUCUCUGGAGGCGGUUUGUAACUGUGGUCACAAAAAUCAAUGUUCUGGGAGAACGGGAAGCAGCUCCAUUUUUUGGGGGUCCUUUACACAGCUCAAGGUCUGGGUCCCAGGGUCCACCUUCAUGUUCCACCAAUGAGUUUGUUCACAGGGGGGUGGAGUGUGUAGGGGAUGUCCUGAUAUGUGUGUAAGGAAUGCAUUGUGUGAAAUUGUGUUUGUAUGUGUAAGGACUGCAAGGUGUGUUUCUGUGUAUGUAUGGGAUGCAUUGAAUGUGUGUAAGGGGUGCAUUGAGUGUGUGUAAUGAAUGCAUUGUGUGUUUCUGUGUGUGUAAGGGAUGCAUUGUGUGUAACGGUUGCAUUGCUUGUGUAUGUGUGUCUGUGUGUUUUUCUGUGUGCAAGGGGUGCAUUGUGUGUAUGUGAUGAAUGUCAAUCUCUCCUCCCGCUCCAAUUUCCUUCUCCUCCUCCCAAUUUCUCUUUCUCACCCACCUCCUAAUUUCUCUCUCACCCCCGCUCCUAUUUUCUCUCACCCCCCUCCUUUCUUUCUCAUCCCCCCUUUAUUUCUCUUUCUCACCCCCCUUAUUUCUCUUUCUCACCCCCCCUUAUUUCUCUUUCUCAGCCCCUAUUUCUCUUUCUCUACCCCCUUAUUUCUCUCUCACCUUAUUUCUUUCUCACCCUCUCUCUUUCUCACCCCUUAUUUCUCUUUCUCACCCUCUCACCCCCUUAUUUCUCUUCCUCACCCCCCCUCCUUCUUUCUCCCCCUCCCCCCUACCUCCCUGGCGUGGCCGAGCCUGUAUGGUCCGGGUGCAGGGGGCUUUGUUCCUGUGCCGGCCGGACUAACAGAGUGAACACUCAGUGUGCACUUCCCUGAUAGUCAACCAGCUGAAGGCUAACUGUGCCAGCCGGACUAUCAAUGCCUACAGUGAGGGCAUGAGGGCGCUCCCCUCACAUCGGCUGGCAGCCUCUCCCUCAGGCCUAGCAGCCCGAGUGGAUGCGAGUCCCGCCCUCAUGGGCCAGCACCGCCAGACAGAAGCUGCAGCCUUCGGGGCUCUUCACAGAAGCUCAGGCGGCUGCUUUAUCUCAGAAGAAACUGAUCAUCAGCACCCCCCAUCCUGGUGGCACCCAGGGGUAGGACCGCCCCAGCCUCCCCUUAGUGCCUUCACUGCCCUAGCCUUAUCUUAUAGUUGGGAUAGCCUUAUGCCUAUCCCAUGCAUGCUUAAACUCCUUUACUGUGUUAACCUCUACCACUUCAGCUGGAAGGCUAUUCCAUGCAUCCACUACCCUCUCAGUAAAGUAAUACUUCCUGAUAUUAUUUUUUUAAACCUUUGUCCCUCUAAUUUAAGACUAUGUCCUCUUGUUGUGGUAGUUUUUCUUCUUUUAAAUAUAGUCUCCUCCUUUACUGUGUUGAUUCCCUUUAUAUAUUUAAAUGUUUCUAUCAUAUUCCCCCUGUCUCGUCUUUCUUCCAAGCUACACAUGUUAAGAUCCUUUAACCUUUCCUGGUAAGUUUUAUCCCGCAAUCCAUGAACCAGUUUAGUAGCCCUUCUCUGAACCCUCUCUAAGGUAUCAAUAUCCUUCUGAAGAUACGGUCUCAGUACUGUGUACAAUACUCCAAGUGAGGUCUCACCAGUGUUCUGUCCAAUGGCAUGAGCACUUCCCUCUUUCUACUGCUAAUACCUCUCCCUAUACAUCCAAGCAUUCUGCUAGCAUUCCUGCUGCUCUAUUACAUUGUCUGCCUACCUUUAAGUCAUCAGAAAUAAUCACCCCUAAAUCCCUUUCCUCAAUUGUUGAGGUUAGGACUCUAUCAAAUAUCCUGUACUCUGCCCUUGGGUUUUUACGUCCAAGAUGCAUUAUCUUGCACUUAUCCACAUUAAAUGUCAGUUGCCAAAAUUCUGACCAUUUUUCUAGUUUACCUAAAUCAUUUGCCAUUUGGCUUAUCCCUCCUGGAACAUCAACCCUGAAUUCUUUAACGUUAUAGGCAAACAUAUAAAAAUGCCUCCCGGCCGUAAGUGGGAUUCAUAUGUGGCUGGGUGUAAAUUAAAGGGUUACUCCACGUACCAUGACCACUUUAUUGAUUUUAAGUGGUUUUGGUACUUGGAAUCUGUAUGUGUAGCAUUUUGCUUUAAAACACUGUACAUGCACAUAUUAACCUCUUAACUACCAGAGGUGUAACUCCACUUUCAGCACCGUCAUUAGCCAGCCAGAGUGGCUAAUGUGAACUCUGCAAAAUUGGCAUUUGAUACCAGCACGCAUGGCAUACUGGAGCCAAACAAUCAAUGGCGGCAUAGCCAUUCUCUCUCUGUGCUACCCCUGUCCUCCCCUUUCCUAUCUGUCGAGUACAAGUGAUGUCAGGCAAGGAGGAUCAGGCUCCAGGGAGAACUUGGAUUCAGCGAUGGAACAGAUUUUAGCAUUAAUUUUUUUAAAACAGAAUAGAUUCAUCUAUCAAAACCAGUGUUUUAUGAAAACAUUGUUUCUUGGUUGGAGUAACCCUUUAUAGGGGAAGUCUAGGACCAAUAUACACUACAUGCCUGAUAAAGGUCACUACACUUGGCUGAAACAAUGUCAUGGCGCUAUUGUUCGUAUUAAUCUAUUUUUUCCUUCAAGCCAUAUACAUGACAGUUCAUUAUAGUAGUUAUGGUGCCAGCAGUGCCCUGGCGCAGUCCCACAGUUAGCAGCCUGUUUACGAACAGUUGUACAUUGUACAUUGAUGAAGGGUACGUGUGCCUGAAAUGCUUUCUUUACUUUGAUUUUUAACCCUCCAUUAAAUUGUUUAUUUAACACCAGUGCAUCUAGCAUAUCCCAAUACAUCAUGUCUGUUUUUCCUUGUAUAUUAUGACGAGUAAAUUACUUACUGUAGAACAGCACCAAGGGGACCUUCGUAGCUUAACACAGUGGGCUAACACUUUAUUUUAUUCCCAUUUGAUAAAAAAAUAAUGCAUACUAACAAAACGCAUGUCUCAAUGGAUGCCCGGUCGUGCACUGAUGUCAAAUGUGCCCUUAAAAAAUUAAAAUGGCUGCAUUGGAAACCGUACCUAUGGUACACGUUGGUGCCUUAUCAAUAUAUAGCUUUAUCUUCUGAUUUCUUCAUUUGUAACUGGCAAACUAUACAUUGCGGUCUAAUAUCACUAUAUAGCAUGCUGUGGUGACUUGAGAUCCGACUUACAAAGUUUAUGCCAAAAAUUGACAUUGAAAUAAAAUUUCCGACUUUAAUGAACGGUAGAUAAAAUUUUUCCAACUUGCCAUUUUUUUUUAGUCAGUUUUUACAACCCGCUGUCAAAAACCAAACCUUGGUGAAUCUCAGAAAGAUGUAUAAAAAAACAUGGGUUUCUUCACUAAACAGUACAUUGUGGAAAGUUAAUAAUUGAAUUGCAAAACGUAGGUUAAUGUAGCACAGAGGCCUGGGGGCUUAUUUACUAAAAGAGGCCUUGACAAGGGAAUUGUCUAGAAACAGCCUAGUCAGAUAAUUAUUUAAUUAAACUAUUAUCCCCAAAAAGUAAUGAAUCUCUUGUGAAUUCCAAGCAAAUCUAAGCUUAGUGAAUUAACUCCAACAUUUUUUAUUCAGCACUGUUAUUUACUCAUAUGUGAAUGGUUUGUAUUCACAGUUAUUUCAAAGUGAAUUUCAAAUUUGUACAGCCUCAUUCUGCGCACGCUGCCAGCAGGCAUCCGCUGCGUUAUAUUCUGGCGAUUUCUCGAGUAUUUAAAAUUUGGAAGUGGUUAACGUGACAGACAUUGCAGGGUGUGACCUGUAUACAGUAUCCGUGUCUGUCUGAUAAGUGACUCAGCGUAACACACAGCGCUCCACUUAUCUCUCUAUCCAAUGCCUCUUCUUCUCCUGCGUUCAUAAAUCACUCCGGCAGCAGUAUGCAGUGCGCGUUGCUGAAUUGAUAACAGACUUAAAAUUAUUGAAACCAAAAUAGCCAAACUACAGCGGAAAUAAAAACAGCUGUUUUAUCUGACUUUCUAUUUCAACGUACAUUUUGCAAGUCGUUGCUUGUCAGUUUACCAUAGUUUAACAUGAAGGGUAUAGGUAUUCAGCAAAUGCCAGCUUUACUGAAAUAACCGGAGGCUCACAUUCACAUAAAAAUGGCCAUUAAAAAAAAUAAAUAAAAAUUAUUAAAAAUUGCAUAAAAUUAACACCUCUCCUUUUUUUUCCUGUUAAUUAUUCCUUAAAUCGGGGCCAAACUACUUAAAUUAAAAUAUUCGCAUCAUGUGCCACGUUUGCGGCUUUCAAAAUGGAGGAUCACCCUGACACAAGAAUUCAUGUAUUGUAUUUGAUAUUGAUAUAUCUCGUGUGGAAAAUGUGUGAUACAGGCUCUUCUUGUGAUAAUAUUAUAUAGUGAUGUAGGAUUAAUGUGUAAAAAAAACCCUCAUUAAAAAGUUAUUUCUAAUUAUCUUUAUGAAUAUGAUCAAGUGUCUAAUUUUGUCUAUUUACAUAUCCUUGCAUGUCUCCGGCCUAUAACCAGUUGCUACGUGUCACCGGCCUAUGACCAUUUGCUACGUGUCUUCGGCCUAUGACCAGUUGCUAGGUGUCACCGGCCUAUGACCAGUUGCUAGGUGUCACCGGCCUAUGACCAGUUGCUACGUGUCUCCAGCCUAUGACCAGUUGCUACGUGUCACCGGUCUAUGACCAGUUGCUACGUGUCUCCAGCCUAUGACCAGUUGCUAUGUGUCAACAGCCUGCGACCAGUUGCUAAAUGUCUCCGGCCUACGACCAGUUGCUACUUGUCACCGGCCUAUGACCAGUUGCUACGUGUCUCCGGCCUAUGACCAGUUGCUACUUGUCACCGGCCUAUGACCAGUUGCUAAGUGUCUCUGGCCUAUGACCAGUUGCUAUGUGUCACUGGCCUAUGACCAGUUACUAUGUGUCACUGGCCUAUGACCAGUUACUAUGUGUCUCCGGCCUAUGACCAGUUGCUACGUGUCUCCGGCCUAUGACCAGUUACUACGUGUCUCCGGCCUAUGACCAGUUGCUACUUGUCACCGGCCUAUGACCAGCUGCUACUUAUGAUUAAGCACUUUGUAUAAGAUCACACCAGAGAUAAUUUAUUAAUAUAAUAUAAGAGGCAGAUGUUUAAUAUGUAUGACUUAUAGGGUGAGUAAUGUAUAACAUUAGAGUGUGAUGAUUAAAAGAGAUAUAAAGUCAGAUUAGAAUGAUUUUAUAUCCCCAUGUAGGUCAUACAGUUAUGACCGUUAUGCAGACAGCCGCACAGCACGCCGGGACUUGUAGUUCUCUGAAGGAAGGGGGAGGGGGGAGCCUGUCUGCUGCCAAGGGAACGCACGUCCGACCAAUCGCGUGUCAAUCAGGAAGAGGCGUGGCAGGAGGUGUUCUGGAAAGGGGGGCGUUAGGGAGAGGUUCCCGGAAAGGGGGCGUCAGAUAGUGACAUUCACAGCCUGGGGUGCCUGGUGUGUGAGUAUUGGGGACCAAUGGGGGGGCUGGGGGGACCAGUGGAGGGCUGGGGGGGUCAUACAGGGUGUGGGUGGCAUUCCUUAUACAGGGAGUGAGAGCUGAGUGCAUGGAGGGUGUGGGGGGGACUCUCCCUGUGUGUAAUAUAGAUAUUAAUAAUAAUUAUAAUAAUCUUAGAUUAAAUACAAUGUCUAUUAUCCCUCUAUACAUUCUAUUCCUACAAGAAAGACACAAUAUGGGGAUAAUUCCUUAUACAGGGAGUGAGAGCUGAGUGCAUGGAGGGUGUGGGGGGGACUCUCCCUGUGUGUAAUAUAGAUAUUAAUAAUAAUAAUAAUAUUCUUAGAUUAAAUACAAUGUCUAUUAUCCCUCUAUACAUUCUAUUCCUACAGGAAAGACACAAUAUGGGGAUAAUUAUUUAUACAGGGAGUGAGAGCUGAGUGUGUGGGGGGACUCUCCCUGUGUGUAAUAUAGAUAUUAUUAUUAAUAAUAAUAAUAAUAAUAAUCUUAGAUUAAAUACAAUGUCUAUUAUCCCUCUAUACAUUCUAUUCCUACAAGAAAGACACAAUAUGGGGAUAAUUCCUUAUACAGGGAGUGAGAGCUUAGUGCAUGGAGGGCUCUCCCUGUGUAAUAUAGAUAUUAUUAUUAUUAAUAAUAAUAAUAAUAAUAAUCUUAGAUUAAAUACAAUGUCUAUUAUCCCUCUAUACAUUCUAUUCCUACAGGAAAGACACAAUAUGGGGAUAAUUAUUUAUACAGGGAGUGAGAGCUGAGUGUGUGGGGGGACUCUCCCUGUGUGUAAUAUAGAUAUUAAUAAUAAUAAUAAUAUUCUUAGAUUAAAUACAAUGUCUAUUAUCCCUCCAUACAUUCUAUUCCUACAGGAAAGACACAAUAUGGGGAUAAUUAUUUUAAUUAUUUACUAAAAUAUUAGUGUAAACCCUCCAGGUUAAUUUACUCCAAUAUAUAUUGGAGAUAUAUAGAAUUAGCUGUAUGUGUCCAGUAGACAAGAUACCACAAUAAGCAGAGUAUUACUGUAUGCAAUGAUAUCUUUUUAUUGGACUGGCAUAAUAUUUUAAAGACAAGCUUUUGGAGUUUUACUCCCUUCCUCGUGUAGGUAUGCGUGUAUAUAGAAUAUGUUUAUAUAUUUAUGCUGCAUCUAACACUGGCAUCAAAACUAUGGUUUAGUUCUUAACAUUAGAGUAAUGAUGGUUUGGAAGGGAGGGGUGAUUAAAGCGGUAUUGUCACCCCUCUUCUCCCCCCAAAAAAAGAGUUAUUUCAUAGAAAGAGAAUCUUUAUGAAUAACUCAUGCUGACUGUGUAAAAUUUUACUGAAAUUCAAACCCAGUCGAGAGAUAUACUGAGACAAAGUAGGGGCGACUGCAGGUAAUUGGUUCUGUCUAUAGAGGGUCUCGCAGGAUCCUCUAUAGAUCUCAAUGCUGUACUCACUUGUGCAUGCACGAGGGUACAGCAGUGACAUUGGCUCCUGGCGCUGAUGAGGACCCGCCUGAGGAAGAUGGCCACACCCCCAGGGGACAGGUUCAGGUAAAUAGAAGGCACCCUUACUUGUCCCUCGGCCACCAGACCCCAAGCAGUCAUGUCAAUGUUAGGGGGUCUUUGUAAAUUCUGCAAAAAUGUCCCCAGACUGUUAUAGUGCCGCUUUAAAAUAAAUUAGAAUGUUUGUUUUUUAUGCUGCUAAGAUUUUCUUUUUGGAUUGCAAAGUCUCGUGAUGGCCUGUAGUUUAGAUUAAAGUGACAGUGUCUUUUCAGUUUUUCAUAAUGAUAAAAAAAAAAAAGAGAUCAUGAGAUGGCAUAGUAAUUACUUUGUCAUGUAUAAUAGUCACAUUUUUGUAACAUGUAGCAAUGGGCUGUUUCCCAUCAGCCACUACUUACAACAGAACAGGCAGUUUAUGACACCAUGUGCAAUUGAUACUUACGGUGUUUUAUUGCUCAAACACAGGAUCUGCUGAGCCUCGUGUAAUAUCCUAUACACUGUGUACUGUCUCAUGCAUGCGCAAGAAUAUACCAUUCAGAUCUCUGAAAUGUAAUGGAUUGAAAUAUCAGUGGCAAAGUUUAGUAUUAAAUUUCCAAUAUAUAACUGUAGCUGAAUUGGAGAAUCAUUUCUCAUCAGCUUUUUACCCUAACGAUCUCCAUAUACAUUUUCAUUUGCUGAAAUUCAAAAUUUGGUAAAUAAGCAUUUGUUGAAGAAACAGAUUAAGAGGAACGUGGCGGUGGUUCCCUUGGGAAAUGGCUUGAAAAAUGUAGUCCAAACAGUACUGAUAAUUAUUGCAGACACAGUUAUUUCUGGGUAGAUAUUUAAAUUUGAAUCUCCUGGAGUAUUGAAUGAACCACUUUGACAUAGUCUAUAAAUAUGUUAAAUUAUUAAGGUUUAUUAAACUUUCAUUGUAUAGUUAAAGGGGUGAAGCCACCAUUCACUUGCAUGAGAAAAUAGUGCAAAAAAAAAUAAUCAGUGAUUCAGCCAUGGAACCAAAAUUGCGUACAUGGAUACAGUCAUACAAUUGUUCUUGUGUUUAAAUCUUGACUGUAUGUUUUUUACAGUUAACACGUGCCUGCAUGCAACAAGUCUUUAUAAAACACUGGGUGGAACUCUGUUAACGUGUGAUUAUUUGGAGCUGAGACGCUAAGUAACAUUCUACUUUCCAGUAAUUAGAGAGUAGAUCUUCUUCUAAUAUGGAAUGCAGUAGUAAAAUAAUUGGUCUCAGCUAGCUGAUUCAUAAAGAGUGACGCUCCCUGUAAGCUUGCUAGUUAGUUUGUUGUUUUUUUAACUGGAUGUCAUUCUCUUUUCAGAUCAUCUGAGCUUUCAGUUUGCGUGGCAGUGCUGCUCCGGGGGAAAAACCGUGGAUUAUCGUGUUUUAACCUAGUGGCUUGAUUUGGACAUCUGCCAUCAUUUCUCACGACUGGUCGGAUCAUUAUAAUCCCUAUGUUGCUCUGGCAUAGUGGUGGCACACCGUAUUUUAAUAUGGUUGUCUCUCAGCUCUGAGAAUGGAGGGAAGUAGUAAAAAGAUUGUACAGAACUUUGUAUGUCAAAAACUGUCCCAAAGAGGAUUCCAGUGGAACUGUUGUAGUGACUUACGAUCUGAACUUAUAUCUAAUGGGACAUCUCCUGGAGAAGUGGCCGAAGCCCACCCUGCAGGCCAUUCUCAAAGUGUAGUAGGAGAAGGUGUGCUACAAGCACUGUUGGAGGCAACAGUGGAAUUUGAGCUGAGAUACCAACGUGCUUUUAAAGACCUGACCGCCCAAUUGCACAUCACCCCUGAGACGGCUUAUCAGAGUUUCGAGCAGGUGGUGGGAGAGCUAUUUAGAGAUAACAUAAACUGGGGGCGCAUUGUGGCAUUCUUCUCAUUUGGAGGGUCCCUGUGUGUUGAAUGUGCUGACAAGGAAAUGGAUGAGUUGCUGCCCAGGGUUGUGCAGUGGAUGACAACUUAUCUGGACAAUCAGCUGGAUACCUGGAUCCGAGCAAACGGAGGCUGGGUAAGGGUACUUUCUGGGGGACUGACGACUUGACAGAUCAGUUGUGUGAUCUCAUUUUGGUCUAGUGGCAAAGUAGGUCAGGGGAUGAGUGCUGAUGGCACGCUAGCUUAAAUAAAAACAGGAUGAUGGGUGAUGUCAUGCAGGAGGGAGACAUGUAGCUGGCAUGCAUGUCUGGGAGAGUGAAUCCACAUACUUAUAGGUACCAGACAGCAUUCACUGGAAAUAGCAGUUACACAGGGCCGGUAGAUAGUCUAUGCUGUGCAGGUACCUUAAUACUGGCCAUUGGUGAUUGGUAGUAUUAGCACUAAGGGGUUAUUCACGAUAGGUAAAUGGCAACAAUUCAUACUCCAGCUAAGCUAUAUUUCAAAAAUUGACUAUUUUGGCUUCACGUUUGCAGUUGUCCUCAAUUCCAGAUUUAGUAAGUAAACAAAAUGAAUGCUCUGUUUGUGAGUAGGAGGCAUGCGCUGGUAAUGAGUUCUCUCUGAUGAAGGCAGUUGAUGGAGAUAAGGCAGGCAGUUGCUAGUGGCAGUGGGUUGUGAAUAGGCAGGGAUAGAGAGGAUAUGUGACAGAGUGGUAGAGCUGUGAAAAAGAUAGCUGGUGGCACACACAGAGGAUAGGCAGAUGGUGGUGGGUAUAGCGCAGCGCAAAGUCCAAGGAGUUGGUGGAAAGGAGGAGGCAGCAUGCAGAAUACAUGAGAAGGAGGUACUGGUGUGAGGACACUGGGUAAUAAGUGAUGUAGGUGUACAUUGUAGACGGGCAGUUGGUGAACACACACAGUCGGGAAGCUGAUGCACAUAGACUUGUUUGCUGUAAGACCAGUGUUGCCUGGCUCCUAUUGCUGGGUGCAGAGAUGCCGCUGCGAUUAGUCACUUUGCUAUGUGAAGAAUUUCCCUGUGACCUAAUGUUCUCUCACCGCUCCUUGGUGUGACAGUCUGACAUGCUCGUCUGCAGAUUAUACAAUUUCUCCUGUGUUCUAUUCCAUACAGUACAAAGGUUUCUUUUGUUAAUGUAUCACCGAACAGUUCCAGCUCGCUGGGUGUUACAUGGCAGCCAGAUUCACUAUUAUAUUCUACGGAUCAGCAACGCGUAGCUUCCUAACUUGUUGAUCUUUAACCCUUGUCAUACAAGCAAAGCAUUAUGGGAGUCGUAGUUAAGUUACAGUUCCGAUCAAUGCAGCUUAGUAGUUUCUAAUAUAGUUUUUUGGUUCAGUUACUGUUAUGGAAUGUCUUUCCUAGCUUUUAGUCCUAUUACAAGCAAGCCUCAUGCCAUUCUUGUGUUGUUUGCUCCUGCGUUACCAUGUAUCUCUCUCUGACUUCCCCACAGGAUGAUUUUGUGCGUCUUUACGGCAAUGAUGCUGCUGCCAACAGCAGGAAGAGUCAGGAACGCUUUGGGCGAUGGCUGAUUACCGGAUUCAUGCUGACUGGUGUUAUCCUGUUAGCUUCCUAUUUGAUCCGCAGAUAGGCCCCCCCCACUCACUGGAUGUGGAGGAACAGGAAAGUGCACGGCCAAGAGGUCCUGGAUCCCACGUGACGGGGACCGUUGCAAGCUUGCCUACCCCACAGCAUCAAACCGUAGUCCUGGCACGCUUGUGGGGGUGAACAAGAUACCCUGUCUCGUGAAUCAGUAAUGGGCAUGUGCAGGAGCUUUAGUGAGUUUUAAAAUAUUGUUAGACAUGUUCAAUUUAGGCCUUUUAUCUGUUUUACUGGCUGAAGGGUUACUUUUUAUGUGAAUAAAUAGCUUUUUCUGUUACAGCUUCUCACUCUGUGGUCUUGUGUUUAGUGGGUGAUAGAAAACAGAUUGCAAGCUUUUGUGUUUGUGGAGUCACUCAUUGACUUUUGGAGAUCUCCAAUAUUCAUUGUACUUUGCCAAGUUUAAGACCGUCAGAGCAUUGUGGUAGUUGUAGUCCUGUAACUGCUUAAUACCUGUUUUGGUCACCCCUUCUCUAGUGUUUAGAAAUG